AUAAUAAAAGAGCACAUCCAUUUAAUCUCUCGCUCGAGGGCAUUGCUGCCUUCACUGUUGCGCUCCCUUUACGAGCGCUACAAGUAGGCCAGCCGCGCCUACUAUUACUUGCAAGUAGUUACGGAAUUGAUCCUGUCAGACGCGCAGCUGUUUAUUGUUUUGGGCAUUUCGCAAAGGCCCCGUCAGCGAAAACAAACUCGUCACUUUGUAAAUUUGGCUCGUGCGCAAUCGUCGCCGGGCGAGCGAUGGACGAAGGAUUCAACAGACUCGAGGCUGAGGUACGAGUGAGUAUCCGGAAGACGCUGCACGCGACGAUAUGGAUCUGCUUAAUGUCCUGGGGCUGGUGAUUUCGUUUCUCGCGCUGGGCAACGUCAAGGUCGAAAGCGCCCUACCCCCCGAGGUAUCUAGAAGACUCGACGAGUACUGGUACACGUACAAGGCGCGACACAACAAGACGUACACGGGCAGCGAGGAGCUGUCGCAUCGGCAAGCCUGGGAGGACAACCUACUCAAGAUUUACGAGCACAACAUGAUGGCCGCUGCGGGACAUCAUAACUACACCCUGCGUGACAACCACAUUGCUGACCUCACUGCCAGCCAAUACAAACGCGAAAUGGUAAAACUGACUCCGAGUACGCGGCGAGAAGUGAGCAACGACGAGAUGGUGGCAGCAGUGCUCACCGAUCCUCACAUGAUACCCAACUCGCUGGAUUGGCGAGAACGGGGCUUCGUGACGAAGCCCGAGAACCAGCGCGACUGCGGUAGCUGUUACGCGUACAGCAUCGCCGGCGUGAUUUCGGGGCAGAUCUUCAAGAAAAUCGGACGGGUGGUGACGGUGAGCGAGCAGCAGCUCGUCGACUGCAGCACUCUAACUGGCAAUUUGGGAUGCUCCGGUGGGUCGUUGAGGAACACGCUGAGGUAUCUGGAGCGCUCGAAGGGCAUCAUGACGGGCGACAACUAUCCGUACACCGCCCACAAAGGCGUGUGCAAGUAUCAGAAGCGGCUGAGCGCGGUGAGCAUCUCGUCCUGGGCCAUCCUGCCGGCGCGCGACGAGCGAACCCUCGAGGCAGCGAUAGCGACCAUCGGCCCGGUCGCCGUCUCCAUCAACGCCAGUCCUCGAACCUUCCAGCUGUACAAUUCAGGCAUCUACGACGACUUGUCGUGCACGUCGGAUUUGGUCAAUCAUGCGAUGCUGGCCGUCGGCUACACGCCCGAUUAUUGGAUCCUGAAGAACUGGUGGGGCUCCAGCUGGGGCGAAGACGGCUACAUGAAGCUGCGGAAGGCCAAGAAUCGAUGUGGCGUCGCCAACUUCGCCGCUUACGCGAGAAUCGACUGAUCUCUCGCUGUCUUUCUGUUGCCGUUGUAAAUAAAACAAAGAGAUACG